GUAAAUCAGCAGGUCAUGAGGAUCCAGAGUCGACCUUCCCUUGGGGUUCUCGGACCUUUAACACGACGUGUUUUUUGCGUGUUAAACCUUUUGUCCUUACCUUUUAUUCUUUAGACCGGGUGUUCUGAUUUCUGGUUUUUCUCUAUAAGAUCUCUUGUCUAGACACUGUUUUUCUGAAAAGCAUCUCUGACGCUGAGGUUCUGAUCGUUUUUCCAAAGGAUCGGGAAACGAGGAAACCCUGCCGCACUCAGUGCGCAUGGCAGAAUAUCUUCCAAAAAACAGUCUUUUGGAGGGUGAUGUGCACCGGAUAGGCGCAUUUGUGGGAUCUGCGUGCAGCUGGCCGAAGAUACGCAGACGAGACAAGACCGACCUUGCGGCAUGGGCUCAUCACUGGUGAGUCUGAGUGAUGGGAGAACAACAGAAGCACUUGUUCCUAGUAGCUUCUUGUUACUAGUAGAUGGAAGCAGGGUUCGGAGGAACAUAAACGCUGCCAUUGCAAAUGUGCUUGGGCUUUGCAAGAAGCACUUGGGAUGAUCUCCCAUGCUUUCUGGCGGCACAAGCACUACAGUGCAACGCAAGGAUGAGUUUUGCACACUCGCACGGAGAGGGGGAAAUAGCUUGCAAGCAGAUGUGGGGCCCUGAUGUUGAGUGGCUCAAGACUUGGGCCAGAAUGCUUUUCACUUUCAGUGCCUGACUUGACCAGGGUGUUUUUUGACUGGCGUGGUUGAAUGUGCAUGGCACUGGCCUUCAGUAUUCACUCUGGCGGCUUGCCCCAGUUGAAGCGGCCUGUAGGCAGAAGUGACGCUAUUUAGAGCACUUAAAUGCUUCACACGAAAUCCAAGGCUAGAUUGCCCAAUGCUUCCCACCAUAAGUUUCAUACCAGCUUUUGCAGUUACUGAGUUACUGGUGCCGAGUACCCCUGCUGCAAGAUUUCUACCUAGCCUUGGAACCUCUGAAACGCAAGAAACUGCCUUGUGCUUUUCAUGGACCUCAACCUUUUGCGUUCGCUUCAUGCAUCUCUUUUCACGUCUGCUUUGUCUUUGAACUCUGCGCCGAGCGUGUCGGACAGAGCACGCCGCACACUUUGCUGUCUUUGCCCUUUGCUCCUAGUAGUAAGGCCAGGAGCCCCUAGUAGCUUCUUGUUACUACUAGUAAGGCACUUGUUACUAGUAGCGAUGCACUUGUUCCUAGUAGCUUCUUGUUACUUGCUUUCUCACUGGACCUCGGAUGUGCCUGCCUUCCGGAUUCUCGGAGUUUUUCGGAGAAUUUGCCGCUUCCUUUUUGGGGAUGCCGCUGCGAUCUUCGUUUGUAGGUGCCAUAAAUAGCCUCCAUCGAAAUCAGCAUGAUUGCAGACGUUCUCAGGUGGCUGUACUCAACUGGGUCACACACCUCGAAAAAGCAAGUGCCCUCGACAUCCCCGAACACUGCAAACAGAGCACCACAACUUGACACCUUUGGCCCUCAAUCCGCAGGCGAUUUCGAUGGGAAACUUUCCAAUCACUCGAACUUGGGUGCCAUUCCUCCGCUGAUCCCGGAGGCGACCAACAAGGCCUUUGAGAGCCCACCAGAGGCAUGUUCUUUGCGCUUCAAUGAGCAGGGCCAGGUGGUCGAAUACACUGCAGGCUAUGUGAUCGACCGGCGCCAGGGCAACACUGGCGGGCGUGGGGGUUUGCUGGGCCCACUCUACGCUAUUGGCAAAGGCUUCCCGUUUCCAGAGGCGCAGCCUUAUGAAUGGUCUUGGCAACGGAAGCUUUUCACCUGGCUGGGAGAACUUCUGGCCGGUGCUGGCCCCAAAUGAAUCAGCGCAUGGCCACGGCCCAUGAUGGCCAUGGAUGCAAUGAAAGAGGUUCUCGGAAUAGACUGAUGUUAUGAAGUUGGAAAGGACUCUUUUGUCGGUUUGUUGAGCUUCUUGGUUGCAACGGAAAAGCGCUCCAAACCCCAAGUCCCCCAUGGGCGCUGAAGAGCCCAGGAACGUCUUUUCCACAGGGUACCGCACACGGUACCUGAUCCAUUGGUUUCGCACUCGUUUUACAGCGAUUCCAUGGCGAGCUUGGUGGUUCAUCCCAGUCUGACUUGGACCAGUGUCGUUUUCAUUUCUCCCGGUGAACAGGCUGUGCUCAUCC